UUUCUCCUUUCUCAGUUCAGUUCAGUUUGAUGUGCUGUUAAGUCCAGUUGAGUUCUUGCUUUUCUCUCUCAAGAUGUCCUGGACUCGAGUCUUUGUGCUCUCUUCGCUCACCACCCUCCUCAUCCUCACCUUUUCCAGUGUGGUGAAAAGUGCAGCAGUCCGGGACAACUCUAAAGCAGGCGAUCCUAAAGGGGCAGCACGGCAUGUGUUCAUGCCCGAGUCGGACGCCUCCAACUUCUUCAAGCGCCGCAGUCGCCGCUCACCCCGAUACUAUGCUGAGCUCCAAGCCGAGCAGAGGGUAAGGCUUUCUGUAAACGAGCAGAGGAGGGAGUACAAUGAGGAGCAAAGGAAUGAGUUUGAGAACUACGUUGAGGAGGAGCGUGAUGAGCAAAAUGAGAGAUCGAGGGAGAAGAAUGAGCAGGUGCGGGAGUAUCACUACGACGGCCUCUAUCCUCGCUACCACUGGUUCCACUGAGCUGUCGCAUGGAGGGCCAGACUACAGCACCUCGCUUUUUUGAGCAGUGCUAAUACUGUUCACAAAUGCUAAAGUUAUCUCCAUAUUUCUCCCUACUUUAAUCUACAUUAUAAAGAUUUCUUUCUUUUCUUUGUCUAUUUUAUGAAACAUAAAUUGUGCAAUAAGUGUAAAGUGUAUUAAAAGUGCAGCUUUUAUAUUGUAAGCUACAUUUUAUAAUAUUCAUUGGAGGCUAUAUGUUUUGCAUGCUUGUUUUUACUGCCUUUUUUUUUUUUUUACAUGUACAUACAAGCUAUACAAUGUCCUUUAUGUUAGCCUGAGGCAUUAGCAGCAAUAAAUCAAGCUCGCUCUUAUGUUAACAGCUGACUUGUUUUGUCAGAGGGGGAUUGUAACUUUAUUUGUGCAAAGAAACUGACUUUAUGUAUUUAAGUCAAAAUAACAAAUAAAGAGGAGUUUCCUGA